CCUUCCACAUGGGGUGAAACCUAUUCGACGUGUAACGGCAACCUGCAGAGCCCCGUUAUGCUCAACAUAGAAGAUGCGUCCAGAUCGCCAGGAUGGUUGCUCCAACUGGGAGAUAUCGACAUCAAAUUCCACAACUACGACAGCGCCGCGACGGGAGUCUUCAGCAACAAUGGCCAUUCUGUGAACCUGGAUUUUAACUUCACGAAUAUUAUAACGCAUCCCCGAGUUUCCAUCUCCAGCCCCACAGCAUCCGGAGUAUACUACUUACAGUCUUUGCACUUCCACUGGCAGAGUGAGCAUUGGAUUGACCACGAAAAGUAA